AUGCGAGAAUUCCCAACUGACAUGUAAAAGACUGCACUCCCGCUGACCUGGCUCCCGUUGAACCAGGCAUUCACUCUUUUCGGCGGACUGGCCUGCCUGCCCCUGGCUCGCAGGGGCGCAUUACAUUCGUUAUAAACGUACCAUGACCAUGACCAUAACCAUACCCAAUGGGUCCACGUCGCCCAAUGCGGUUGCGAAUGACCUCUGCCAGGCACAAGGCUUCCUUGAAGAAUAUGGCGUCUGGAAAGAAGCACCGGUGCUCAUCGGCACCACUAAGUUUGAGCCUCUGCCAGAUGUCAAGAACAUCAUGGUCACCGGAGGGGCUGGCUUCAUAGCGAGUUGGCUCGUCCGGCAUCUCACGCUCACUUACCCGCACGCCUACAACGUCAUCUCAUUUGACAAGCUGGACUACUGCUCAUCCCUCAACAACACGAUGGUCCUAAACGACAGGCGCAACUUCGCCUUCUACCAGGGCGACAUCACCGACCCGCGUGACGUGCUAGACUGCCUCGAGCGGUACAACAUCGACACCAUCUUCCACUUCGCCGCGCAGUCGCACGUCGACCUGAGCUUCGGCAACUCGUACACCUUCACCCACACGAACGUGUACGGCACGCACGUGCUGCUGGAGAGCGCCAAGAAGGUGGGCAUCAAGCGCUUCAUCCACGUCUCGACCGACGAGGUGUACGGUGAGGUCAAGGACGACGACGACGACCUGCUCGAGAGCAGCAUCCUGGCGCCCACCAACCCUUACGCGGCGAGCAAGGCGGCCGCCGAGAUGCUCGUGCACUCGUACCAGAAGAGCUUCAAGCUGCCCGCCAUCAUCGUGCGCAGCAACAACGUCUACGGGCCGCACCAGUAUCCGGAGAAAAUAAUCCCCAAAUUCACCUGCCUGCUCGCGCGCUCCAAGCCGGUCGUCCUGCACGGCGACGGCUCCCCGACGCGGCGCUACCUCUUCGCGGGCGACGCCGCCGACGCCUUCGACACCAUCCUUCACCGCGGCCAGCUGGGCCAGAUCUACAACGUCGGCUCGCACGACGAGAUCAGCAACCUCGCGCUGGCCAAGAAGAUCCUCGCGCAGAUGGGCAUCGUGGGCGGCGCCUCUUGCUCUUCCUCUUCCUCUUCCUCUCCCUCUGCUUCCUGCCCGCCGCCUCUCUCCAGCAAAGAAAAGGAGAAAGCCGGUGACGGUGUUGAUACCGGUGCCGGUGCCGGAGCCGGUGAUGGUGACGACAACGGCAACGACGCGACCACGCUCACCCGCUGGAUCAAGUACACGCACGACCGGCCGUUCAACGACCACCGGUACGCGGUGGACGCGACCAAGCUGCGGGCGCUGGGCUGGCGGCAGCGCACGAGCUUCGACGACGGCCUGCGCGUCACGGUCGACUGGUACCGCCGCUUCGGCGAGCGCUGGUGGGGCGACAUCUCCAAGGUGCUGACCCCGUUCCCCGUGCUCGCCGGCCGCGAGGUCCUGUCGGACCACGAGCCCGUGUCGGAUCACCCGCCCGGUGUGACGGGGCGGGGUGAGUGAGUAAAGACGGGGGGGGAUGGGGAGCUGGGUGGUGAUAACUUAGGGGCUGUUUUGGGAGUGUGCGGAGUCUAGGAUUCGGCUGGGCAGGCCACGUUUGUUUCCUCCCCGCAAGCUAUGUUAUUGUAUUGGGGGAUUUUCUUCCCGUCCGCGAGAAGAGUUUAUCCACUGUGUCAAGGUUGUAUUCUUCCAUGAUUGAUAGACAGCAGCCAGAUAGACCGUGGUUCACCUCUCUGCGCUGGUCUCCUGCUUGGUGCUGCAGGU